AUGGUCCAUAGAGCAGAUGAAGUAGAGUUCAGCUCUUUCCGAGACUUUGGCAAAUCAAUGGAGAAGGGAUUGUGUGGUAAUUCGUCUUUGGGUUCUACCCACCAAACCCCAUACCAACCAACCCCCAUACCCACCAACCCCCAUACACACCAACACCCAUACCCACCAACCCCCAUACGCACCAACCCCAUACCCACCAACCCUAUACCUACCAACCCCCAUACCCACCAACCCCCAUACCCACCAACCCCCAUACCCACCAACCCCAUACCUACCAACCCCCAUACCCACCAACCCCCAUACCCACCAACCCCCAUACCCUCCAACCCCCACACCUACCAACCCCCAUACCCACCAACCCCCACACCUACCAACCCCCAUACCCUCCAACCCCAUACCUACCAACCCCCAUACCCACCAACCCCCACACCUACCAACCCCCAUACCCUCCAACCCCAUACCUACCAACCCCCAUACCCACCAACCGCCAUACCCACCAACCCCAUACCUACCAACCCCCGUACCCACCAACCGCCAUACCCACCAACCCCCAUACCCACCAACCCCCAUACCCUCCAACCCCCAUACCCACCAACCCCCAUACCCACCAACCCCCAUACCCUCCAACCCCCAUACCCAAUAACCCCCAUACCCACCAACCCCAUACCUACCAACCCCCAUACCCACCAACCGCCAUACCCACCAACCCCCAUACCCUCCAACCCCCAUACCUACCAACCCCCAUACCCACUAACCUCUCAUUGUUGA